AUGGUCACUGUGCGUGUGGGCUCUGGCCGACAAGAAUUCUGCAUACACAAGAAGAUACUCUGCUCCAACUCAACGUACUUCGACAAAGCUCUUUCUGGACAAUUCGUGGAAGCUCAAACACGCGUUGUUGAACUCGAAGACAUUCAUCCUCUCCUCUUCAAGAUAUUUGUCGCUUGGUUGUAUUCUGGUAGACUCACUUAUGAGUCUUCGGAUCCAAGCACUUCUUCGCAUGAGGAAGAAGACGAGAAAGAUGACGGAGAUAAGAAAGAUGAGCUUGCCGACUUCCAGGAAGAAGACUCGAGAACUUGGUCUUACUUGAUCCUUACAGGCUUGUUCAUACUGGGCGAUCGUUUGGAUGCUCCAAGGCUCAAACGCUCUAUCCUUGAUACUAUCGUCAAAAAGAUCAAUCAGACAAGAAAGGUACCCUUUGGCACAGUUGUAAUUUACGCCUACGCGAACACGCCCAAAAAAUCUCCGUUGCGUCAACUCCUUGUCCACAUAUUCGCCUACGAAAAGUCGUUUUCAAGAUCUCCAAAAAACAGCAAGUUGAAGUAUCUGCCCGCAGAGUUCCUCGCCGCCGUGAUGAUACGGAUGGGAAGAAGGCUGCCAUUUAGGCAAUGCGACUCCUGCUACGAAAGAGCUCUCGACGCCAACAAACUCACAUCUGAGGACAUCGAUGACGUGCAUAAGGAGGAAGAUCAAGCGCCGUACGAUCACAACCUUUGUUUCUAUCACGAACACAAAGAUGAAGAGGAAAAGAACGCAUGUCAAGCGGCGCGCGAGGAAGAAAGUGACACAGACUCAUCUUUUGAUAUGUCUUCUGAUACGUCCUCUGAUGUCUCUGAUAUCUCCUCUGGUACUUGA